UGUCAGGAGCAUUCCUCCUGCAACAAGAGAGCAGUCACACCAGGGACUGCCUCUCAUUUGGGUGACGGUUUGCUUGUCUCCAGGCUCUCUCUCCCUUUCUCCUGCAGUCGUGUUCCUGGCUCCGAUCGCACAUUGAGCAACCAUGGUCCAAGGCACCGAGGGCUACCGGUUCCGGAACUGGGCAAACACCUACACCUGCCAGCCGGAGUUGUACUUCGAGCCGCUGUCCGUGGAAGAGAUGCGGCAGAUCCUGGAGAUCGCACAGCAACGCAGCAAGCGGGUGAAGAUCGUGGGCUGUGGGCACUCACCCUCCAACAUCGUCUGCACUGACGACUAUCUCGUCCAGCUCAGCCACCUCAACAAGCUGCUCAAGGUGGAUAAGGAGAAGCAGCAAGUGACGGUCGAGGCAGGAAUGCUGCUGUCUGACCUGAAUGAAGAGCUGGCUUCGCUCGGACUGGCUCUGUCCAAUCUUGGCGCGGUGUCGGAUGUGACCCUAGGAGGAGUGAUUGGAACUGGCACCCACAACACUGGCAUCCAGCAUGGCAUUCUGGCAACCCAGGUGGUGGCUCUGACCCUGAUGACUGCUGCCGGCGAGAUCCUCGAAUGUUCGGAGUCCGUGAACAGCGAGAUAUUCCAGGCCGCCCGACUGCACCUUGGCGCGCUGGGGGUGAUUCUGUCCCUCACUAUCCAGUGUGUGCCCGCCUUCCACAUCGAACUCCAGCAAUUUCCACAAACGCUGACAGAGGUUCUGAAUGAUCUGGACAUUCACCUGAAACAGUCGGAGUAUUUCCGCUUCCUCUGGUUUCCUCACACGGAGAAGACCACGGUAUUCUACGGCAACCACACGGACAAGCCGAUCAAGACCACCUCCAAUUGGCUGUGGGACUACGCUGUUGGCUACUAUCUGCUGGAGCUGCUUCUGUGGAUCAGCGCCCUCUUCCCCCGCCUGGUGCCCUGGGUCACUCGCUUUUUCUAUUGGCUUGUUUAUUCGGCAAAGGUCACGCAGGUGAAACGGAGUGACAAAGCUUUCAACUUUGAGUGCCUCUUCAAGCAACACGUGUCAGACUGGGCCAUCCCCAUCAACAAGACAGGCGCCGCGCUGGCUCAGCUGAAGGAAUGGCUGGACAGGAAUGCCGACGUUCGGGCCCAUUUCCCAGUCGAGGUGCGGUUUGUUCGUGCUGAUGAGAUACCGCUCAGCCCCUGCUACAAGCAAGACAGCUGCUUCAUUAACAUCAUCAUGUACAGACCCUACGGUAAGGAGGUGCCCCGCAAGAGGUAUUGGGCAAAGUACGAGGAGAUCAUGAGGAGGAAUGGGGGAAGACCACACUGGGCCAAGGCCAACAGCUGUGUCCACAAGGACUUUGAAAACAUGUAUCCUGCUUUCCAAAAUUUCUGCUCCAUCCGAGAGAAGCUGGAUCCUUUGGGAAUGUUCCUCAACAACUUCCUGGAAAAGGCCUUUUUCUAAGAAUGUACAUUUAUCCCCUCCAUCAAUAAAUGAAGUUAUUGGUGACUUU